AUGCUCGGAAAGACCGUUAUCGUGACCGGCAGCAAUUCAGGAAUCGGCAAGGAGACGGCCAAGGAACUGGCUCGGCGGAGGGCCCGCGUCAUCUUGGCCUGCCGAAAUGUACAGCGGGCCCACAAGGCGGCUCAAGAAAUCUUUGCCGAUACGGGAGAAACGGUGCUCGUCAAGCAGCUCGACCUGUGCUCGUUCAAGUCGGUGCGGCUCUUCGCGGAAGAUAUCAUCCGGACGGAGUCCAGGCUCGAUGUUCUCGUCAAUAACGCGGGCAACAUACCGGGCAAGUAUAUAGCAGCAGCGAACAAGCUGCUUCUCACAGAGGACGGCUACGAGGUGGGCCUGCAAAGUAACUACCUGGGUCAUUUCCUGCUCACCAUUCUGCUGACAGAACUUCUGAAGAAGAGCGCACCCAGCCGCGUGGUGAACAUGUCUUCGGUGCUUCACCACUUCGGCACCACGUGGCGCCUAGAGGAGCAGGCGAAGGGCACGUACACGUGGAGGACGCCGUUGCUCACCUACUGCAACGCCAAGAUGGCCAUGGUGCUUUUUACCCGGGCGCUGGCGCCUCGGCUGAAGCCGCAUGGAGUGACAGUCAACGCCGUUCAUCCUGGUGCAGUCAACACCGGAAUAGCGGGGGAAGAAAGGCUCAUCGCUUACCUGUUUCGGGUCCUCUUGGCUUUCUACGGAAGGACGGUGUGGGAGGGAGUCCAGACGUGCCUGUACGCUGCCGUGGACGAUCGCUUCGAGAGGGACACAGGCCUUUACUUGGACGAGUGCGCGCGUGGCUUUGUGAGUCACAGGGCGCUAAAUAAGGAGUGCGUAGAGAGCACCUUCGCUCGAACCAUCAGCCUCUGCCACCUGGACCCAAUCCUAGUGGAGAAGAUUUUUCAGGCAUAG